AAUGCCAACGCGUGUGGUGUUAUAAAAUAAAAUCCCAGAUGCUUUAUGUUAGUUGCGUUAGAGACACAUUUGAUUGUGAGGUGAAACUAAAGCGGAGUCGGAAUUGGAAUUAGAUUAGUUAACACUUUCUCAGUAGCAGUUCAUGGCUGACAACGAUUCUCUCUCCGAAUUCCUGGCAUCUGCAGUAGACGCUGCUCGCAAAGCUGGUGAUAUCAUUCGGAAAGGCUUCUAUGAAACCAAGCAUGUCCAGCACAAAGGCCAGGUUGAUUUGGUCACUGAAACUGAUAAAGCAUGCGAGGAACUCAUUUUUAAACAUCUCAAGCAUCUUUACCCUACUCAUAAGUUCAUUGGGGAAGAAACCACCGCUGCGUUGGGCACUACUGAACUUACAGAUGAGCCUACAUGGAUAGUUGAUCCUGUGGAUGGAACUACUAAUUUUGUGCAUGGGUAUCCCUUUGUUUGUGUUUCCAUUGGUCUUACGAUUGGAAAAAUUCCUACAGUUGGUGUUGUUUACAACCCCAUUAUCGAAGAGCUUUUCACUGCCAUUCGAGGAAAAGGUGCUUUUCUGAAUGGGAAUCCGAUCAAAGUGUCGGCACAAACUGAACUGAUUACCUCUCUUCUUGGAACUGAGGCACCCACACAACGUGACAAGUUAUCUGUAGAUGGCUGUACAAAUAGGAUUAAUAACAUGCUUUCCAAGGUGAGAUCCCUUCGAAUGAGCGGCUCGUGUGCUUUGAACUUAUGUGGAAUUGCUUGUGGAAGGCUGGAUGUAUGCUUUGAACUUGGCUUUGGUGGUCCUUGGGAUGUGGCUGCUGGUGCUGUCAUUAUUAGAGAAGCCGGAGGUGUUGUUUUUGAUCUUUCUGGUGCAGAUUUUGAUAUCACAUCUCGGAGAGUAGCGGCCUCAAACCCUUUCUUAAAAGAUGCACUUGUGAUGCUCUGCGCCAAGCCCAGUGAGAAACUUGGUCUUCAUCGAAGUUGGUGGAAAAUUGGCAUAUUGAGUAAGUCAACCUGCGUUAAUGCAUUUUGCUGAUGCAUGUUUUUUUCUAGUUGUUCUAUUUCUAUAGUUGCUGCAUAAGCGUCACCAAAAUAUUUGUAUAAUCUAAUUAUUACCAUUUCACGUUUCAUGAUGCAACUCGCUUCGGACUAAUUCAAUUCACAUAUCCGAUAACUACAAUAUUUCUAUCUUGAUUAUGCUAUGUUGUUUUUUUAAAACAACUUUUUAAGGAUUUCUAUUUAAAUUUUAUUAUUUUGCUCGGUCUUCAGUAGUUGGUAUUUCUUUUCUGGGUAGAGUUUUGGUAGUUGUUAACUUGUUAUGAUCUUAAAAAAAUGGUGAAUAUAUGAUAAAGAUUCGGGUUAGUUGGUUAAUCACCCGUCUGAAUAUGAGUUGGCAUCCGCAUCUGUUUCAAGGAUGUAAUGAUCAUGGAUUAUUAAAUAUAGGAUAUAGUACUAGUCAAACAGAACAAACCGAAGUUUUGAAUGUGCCGAGUGUGGAAACAGACUCAACAGAGACUUGAACAACCUAAUACGUUUCUUCAGUGAGAGAAAAAUAAAAUAUAGAGAAGACAUUGCACAUUCAUUUAGUUUGUCUAAUUUAGUGUGCUACAUAUAUUGUAAUUUCUACGUAUUGUUUGCACCUGCCAAUUGGAGCAUUCACCAUUUCAUGUUUGCAUGGUCCCACACAGAACAAUGAUAUAUGAUAUUAUCUAAUCUAAUGGAUGUCAUUACUGUGAAAGAAGAAAGGGAUGUUAACUAUAAUUUUUCUUCUAGUUGAGACUCUUGCUGAAUUGUUGAUGUACUUACGCAGGACCAACAUGGUCGCUUAGUUAAAGUGAGAUACAGAGUUCUUUUCAUUUUUAGCAUUCGAGUUUGAAUUUGAGUUUCUGGUAUUAAAAAGUUGUUGACAAAAUUCUCUCUCUUAUGAUAUUUUCG